ACAUGUUUUACAUUGCUGACUCAUUAUAACUAUUUCAGCAAUGAAAAUUUCAUAAUUGUCUCACUCGUAACUGUCUCUUGCAUUGUAUGAACCAUGCUAAGAAAUCGCACUUGCUAUCAGUUAACCUUUGCAUUUACGAUUCAUCAACGAUCGACUAGCAUGAUGUUUAGUUAAUGCUGUAGAUAAUAUUUAACGAUAGUUUACUAAACUAGAUAACUAGGCGCAAUUAGAAAGACUAAAGUUUUCGCCAGCAGUUUAUGACCCGUUGGGUAAGGAUCAGUCAGCUGCCUUCCUGUGCCUUUCCUGCCUCUGCCACGGUUCAAGAGGGAUCAAACCCAACGGGGUUCACACAUUCAUCCAAGACCAAGACUUGAACCAAAUAUGAAGACCGCUUCAAAAGCUGUGCUCGGGGUCAUUGCAACUGUUGUCGUCAUCAUCGUGAUAGUGGUUCCCAUUGCAGUUGUGUUCACAAACAAACCUAAAUGGAUACAUUUGGACAAAUACAUGGUUUCCCAAAUCGGAAACCAAGAGGAAGAUCAACGACCAACGUUUCAGUUAGACGACUACUUAAGUGGAAAUUUUAGAUAUAAGUCAUACACCCUGAAGUGGAUAUCAGAUAAUGAAUACCUACAUAAAAACAAAGACGGAAAUGUUAUUCGCUAUAACGUUGAAACACAGGAAUCAAUUAACUUUAUACCCAACACCACUUUUGAUGAGGUGGGAGCUGGUUAUUAUGUGGUCUCAGCUGAUGAAAAGUUUGUUCUUCUGGAAAGUAAUUAUUCAAAGCUAUGGAGACAUUCUUUUACAGCCUCAUAUUCUAUUUAUGAUUUGAAUUCUCGAGAAUUUGUUACCAGCACAAGUCUCCCUCAAGAAAUCCAAUACAUAGCAUGGGCUCCAGUGGGUCACGCCUUGGUUUAUGUUUGGAAUAACAAUAUUUACUUUAAAACUAAUCCCACAAGCCAAGUUGUAAAUGUAACAGACAACGGAGAGAAAAAUAAAAUUUACAAUGGGAUUCCUGACUGGAUUUAUGAAGAGGAAAUGCUAUCCUCAAAUAACGCUAUCUGGUGGUCACCAAAUGGAAGGUUUUUUGCCUAUGCAGAAUUCAAUGAUACACAGGUUCCACUUAUAGAGUAUUCUUUUUAUGGUGAUGGACAGUACCCAGAAACAAUAAAGGUUCCAUACCCAAAGGCUGGUGCUGAAGCUCCUACAGUGAAGGUAUUUAUUGUAGAUAUCAAGAACCAAAAGCCUCAGAAACUUUCAGCCCCAGAAGAAUUUAGUUCAAGCGAAUAUUAUUUAAGUUCAAUAAAGUGGGUGACAGAUGAACGAAUCUCCGUGCAGUGGAUUGAGCGAAGACAAAAUCAUUCCAUUUUAACAAUCUGUGACCUCAAUACAUCCAAUAUUUGGAGUUGUUUAAAGGAUCAUCAAUUUGCUGAAAUGAGUAGUACAGGAUGGAUCGGUGUUUUUCAAGUAUCGGAUCCAUUCUUUGAACCCAAAAACUUUAGCUUCUACAAGGUAUUUAGUGACAACAAUGGAUAUAAGCAUAUCCAUAAGGUGGCUGGAAUUCCGCUUAAAGAAAAAGCGAUUACAAAUGGGGAAUGGGAGGUCAUAAGCAUAGUAACUCUGACGAAGGAUACUCUUUACUACAUUAGCAAUGAAUAUGAACAUUAUCCAGGGAGAAGAAACCUAUAUAAAAUUAAAAUUGGACCAGGUUCUCAGGAACGUCAAUGUAUUACCUGUCAGCUGAUGAAGGAACGCUGUCAAUACUAUUCUGCGCAAUUCAGUAAAAAUGGAAGCUUUUAUAUGCUAUCCUGUUCUGGUCCGGGAAUGCCUAUAUUUGCACUGUACAAUGCUACCAAUGAUGAAGUGAUAAAAACUCUUGAAGAUAACAAAGAAUUGGAAAAAGAUCUUCAGAAUAUUCAGAUGCCAUCAAAAAUUCUCGAGACUAUAGAACUAGAUGGCACACAUUAUUGGUUUCAGAUGAUACUUCCACCACAUUUUGAUCAAUCAAAAAAGUAUCCUCUGCUCAUUGAUGUGUAUGGAGGACCAGGCAGUCAGAAAGCUGAUGCCCGCUUCUCAACUAACUGGGCAACAUUCCUUGCCAGCACAGAGGGGAUUGUUGUUGCCAGUUUUGAUGGAAGGGGAAGCGGUUACCAAGGCGACAAAAUAAUGCAUGCAAUAUAUCGAAGGCUGGGCACUUAUGAAGUGGAAGAUCAAAUUAGAGCAACAAGAAAAUUCAUUGAAAUGGGAUUCAUUGAUGAGACAAAAAUAGCAAUCUGGGGAUGGUCUUAUGGAGGAUAUGUCACAUCUAUGGUACUUGGAGCUGGCAGUAAGACAUUCAAAUGUGGAAUUGCAGUUGCCCCUGUGUCAAACUGGACAUAUUAUGAUAGUAUGUACACAGAGCGUUACAUGGGCUACCCAACUGAAAAUGACAAUCUUCAGUUCUACAAGAAUUCUACUGUGAUGGAAAGAGCUGAAAACUUCAGUUCUGUUGAUUACCUCCUCAUCCAUGGAACAGCAGAUGAUAAUGUCCAUUUCCAGCAAGCAGCACAGAUUUCAAAAGCUCUUGUUGACAAAGAAGUAGACUUCCAAGCAAUGUGGUAUACAGAUAAGGACCAUGGUCUAACCGGUUCUGCCUACAGUCAUUUGUACAUCCACAUGUCACAUUUUCUAAAACAAUGUUUUAAUCUCAAUCAUUAAGGCAGAAAAUAUUUUAAAGUGAACAAAAAAUACAUUAUAGCAAGCUAUUAUUUCAAGCAUUUGUAUUGAUAAAAUGUAACAACCCGGGUAUUUAAAAUGUAUUUUAUUUUGUUCUCUCCAAAAUAAUAAAUAAGCCUCAAUAUCUGAGGAUAUUCGUAUAUUACUUGCAGUGUUUGUACACAUUCCAAUUGGCAAUAUGACUUAUUUCAAACAAACACUGCACUUUGGAUCUCUGUAAACAUGAUGGGGAAAUUGCAGGUCUCAUUAAGAAUGAAAUAAAAUUGAACAACCGAGGGGCCAGUGCAGACACAAAGGGCCAAAUGGCCUCCUUCUGCGCUGUAACAUUUCUGUGAUUAUGUAACAUUGCACAUCAAUAAAUGACUAUUUUGCCUUGUGCAAGCUUAA